CGUGCACAUGUCACAUGACUCGUCAGCUCUUGCUUUUCCGCAUCUGUCUCUGUUUGCUAGUUCGCUAACGUUAACUUUAGCCAUGUUUUCCGGAGUUUUAUUUACUUAACAUUUCAUGUAGCAGCCGGUGGUCUUGUGUGACCGUCGGACGGACUUACAUGUUGGGUCCUUUGACUGCCGAGCAGUGGCACUUUCCAGUCAGUAACAAGCCAAAGAAGCAAGCUAGCCUCUCAUAGCUAGCUAGCAGCUGCUUAGCUUUCAGGAGAAUAACGACGCUGUAAGGCAACCAACCAGGCACAAAGCUUCUAUGAGCUGCGACUGGCUCCGAUCAGAGGAUGUAUCCGCCUUCCAGAAAGGACUUCAUCUCUCUGACACUUAAUGAUCCGCACAGUCACACUUACAACAACGGGAAGCACCGGAGACAGUCCUGCUGGAGGAAAUGGAAGCAGCUGUCUCGGCUCCAGCGAAGCCUCAUCCUGUUCCUGCUGGCUCUGCUGCUCAUAUUUGGACUGCUCUCCUAUCCCAGCAUGACAGAGCAGUGGAGAGGGUUGUCUGACAGGGGGGACUGGCUGGAGCUGAAUGAUAGAGAGGUGAAGGAUAUUCCUCCCGAGGUGAAGGCUGCAUCAGAUCAAGCUGAAGCCAAAGCUCCUCCUCCUGUGGCAGGGCCACAUAUGGGGCCAGCUGUAGAUCCAGAUGCGGGUGCAGAUGCUGUGGUGGGGCCCAGAGCUCCAAAUGUCCCCAUUUUGGCUAAACCUCGCAUUAAGAAUAAGACAUUCCAAAAUAAGAGAGGUCCACCGAGCCUGCAGAAAGAUGGAAAUAUUUCAGACGCAGUCGGUAGGAAAAAGCAAGUGCAAGAAGUGGUUCAAGAUGAAGAAGGAGAAGAGGUGGACAAAGAAAAGAAGAUUGUCAGCUGGAGAGGAGCACUGAUCGAAGCUGACCAAGCCACAGAGCCUCCACCCUCGACCAAUGAGAAAGAAGCUGCGGCGCCCCCAGCUAACCCAGCUGACCCUGUCCCACCAGAAGCAGGAGCUGUGGACAGACUGGAGGCAGUGCGUGAUGCCUUCAGACACGCGUGGAAAGGCUAUAAGGAGUACGCCUGGGGUCACGAUGAGCUCAAGCCCAUCUCCAGGUCUUUUGGCGAGUGGUUCGGACUGGGUUUGACGCUCAUAGAUUCUUUGGACACCAUGUGGAUUCUGGGCCUAAAAGAAGAGUUUGCAGAAGCAAAAGACUGGGUAGAGAAAGAGCUCUCCUUUGACAAGAAUGUGGACGUGAAUCUUUUUGAGACAACUAUCCGUAUCCUUGGGGGCCUGCUGAGUACCUACCAUCUAACAGGAGACCAACUCUUCCUAGAGAAAGCUAAAGAUCUUGGUUUCAGGUUAAUGCCUGCCUUCAAAACUCCCUCAAAGAUCCCGUUCUCCGAUGUUAACAUCGGGAAGGGAAUAGCCCACCCCCCCCGAUGGACGUCAGACAGCACGCUGGCCGAGGUCACGAGCAUUCAGCUGGAAUUCAGAGAGCUGAGCCGCCUCACUCAGGACCCCCAGUACCAGGAGGCUGUGAAUGAGGUAAUGAGGCUGGUCCACAAGCUGCCAGGCAAACAGGACGGCCUGGUGCCCAUGUUCAUCAACACCAACAGCGGCCAGUUCACACACAAAGGAGUCUUCACACUUGGUGCCAGGGCGGACAGCUACUAUGAAUACCUGCUCAAACAGUGGAUCCAGGGAGGCAAGACGGAAGACGACCUGUUGGAGGACUACCUUCAGGCUGUGGAAGGAGUGAAAAAACACCUUGUGAGACAGACGGGGCCCGGCAGAUUGACCUUUGUUGGAGAGUUGUCCCACAGUCGCUUCAACCCUAAAAUGGACCACCUUGUGUGCUUCCUGCCAGGAACCUUGGCGCUGGGGGCCCACAACGGCCUCCCAGGGGACCACAUGGAUCUGGCUGUGCAGCUGAUGGAGACCUGUCACCAAAUGUACCAACAGAUGGAGACUGGGCUGAGCCCAGAGAUCGUCCACUUCAGCAUGCAGGCUAGCGAUGGGAACAACCUUAUUGUCAAGCCUGCAGACAGACACAACCUGCUGAGACCAGAAACGGUAGAAAGUCUGUUCUACCUGUACAGAUUCACCAAGGACCCCAAGUACAGAGACUGGGGAUGGGACAUACUGCUUAGCUUCAAUAACUACACUAAGGUCCUUGGUGGUGGCUACACUUCCAUUAACAACGUCCGUGACCCCUUAAACCCCGGGCCCCGGGACAAGAUGGAGAGUUUCUUCCUGGGUGAGACGCUGAAGUACUUGUAUCUGCUCUUCUCUGACAACACGGAGCAGCUCAGUCUAGACAAGUAUGUCUUUAACACAGAGGCCCACGCUCUCCCCAUAUGGCCCUCCCCACCCAAGUGAUGUCACCAUAGAGGAGAAGUCUGUAAAAGAUCAGGCCCACAGGCUCCUGGAUGAGUCUAACACUGUUGUUGCCACUCAAUCGGGCAAUCCCUUAAGCAUCCGUCGAGGCUGGACUGCUGUGUUGAGCAGCAAAGCAGACCUGUGCCGUCCACCUGUACUUUGACACGUUUCCAUGUGGAAGGUUAUAUUUUUCUUUUUGUCUUUUUUUUUUUUAUUUUCCUAAGGAAAAGGUUUGUAUUAGAGCUGGUCUCUAAUGUGAAACACUUUAUUAAAAUGAGCUCUGACUAACUGGCUCCAACAGGUGACAAGAAGGAAAAUGGUGGGAGUACUUUAUUACUUUGGCGUUUGGGAUAGUUCUUGUAUGUAUGUAAGUAUGUAUGAUUCACUGCAAUCAUGUCAUGCUUUAGUUUUUUUUCCCUUUGUCAGGUCUAAAUCCUCGCUAGUCCCACAUAUUCAUGUGUCAUGGCAGUGAAGGUGUCCACAGAUGAAUAGUGUAAAACAGAUUGCUCUAGUGGAGGAGUCACAUAUCAUUUGUUAAAGUCUUUACUCUGGCAGCUCCCAGUGCAAAAAUGGCAUAAAUGGAGUCAAGAGGAGU